UUGGGAGAGGGGAGGGACUCCUUUUCCUUGUCCUCUGAAGUGAGUUGCUGCAUGUCUGGUGGUAGUGUGCAUCUCCCUCCCUCUCCCAAUUCUCUCGACCUGCUCCAUCUUCUCCCAUUUGUCUAUCCUUGUCAAUGGCCGCACGUCCGGACAAGGAGGCGUCGGGAUGCCACGUGGCCUCCUCAAGAGCCGUCAGAUUCUCGGUUGACGUCGGGAUCCCACGUGACGUCCCGAUCGAGAAGAGGACCCUCGUUGCUGAAAUUGGGCGUGAGGGAGCCCAAGAGAGGGCGCUCCAUUUGGGAGAUCCAGAGAGAAAGAGAGAUGUGGGAGGAGGAGGAGGGGAGGAGGUAAGCACGACGUAUGUCAAUCCAACUCCAUGUGCAUGCCGGUCGACGUCGUCAGAAGAAGCUCGGAGAUCCGCAGCUAUGGCGGCCAAGCUUUCUUCUCCGUCUUCUUCUUCUUCUUCUUCCUCCUCCUCCUCCUCCUCGAUAGGUGUUGGACAGCAAAUCCUGUCUGCCGUUAGCUCGUCGAAGUCUGCUCCGAGAUCUGCAGACAACGUAGCUAUGGCUGUGUGGGAUCAGGUGGGAGAGAGAGGAGCAGGGAGAGGAGGAGGAGGAGGAGGAGGAGGAGGAGGAGGAAGGGACUCAGCGAUGAUGGAAGGACCAGGAAGUGGAAGCAUAACGAGCCCGCCUUCAGGGCAAAUUAUACCCCUUCCGCGCCCUUUUGUGCAUCCUCUGGAGCCUCUAAGUGCGGCAGAGAUUGCGCUGGCAAUUUCAACUGUUCGAGCAGCUGGGGCUACCCCUGAGGUAAGAGAUGCGAUGCGCUUCAUGGAAUGCGUGCUCUUCGAGCCGGAGAAGGAUGUGAUCGCGGCUUUUGCGGAUGCAUAUUUCUUCCAAUCCUUCCCGCCAAUGCCGAACACCCUGCGAUCGCCGAGGCUGGAGUUGCCUCCCAGGCGGGCAAAGGUGGUGACCUACAAUAAAAGCACAAACGAGACAACCGUUUCUCUCGUCGAGCUCAGCAACGUGUACGCUGGAGCAAACGGCAAACUAUCGAGCCAAGGGCGACUCGUGUCGAGUGAUCUCAUUCCGGAGGUUCAACCGGCUCUGGAUGCUGCCGAGUAUGUUCAGUGUGAGGCGGUAGUGAAAGCUUAUCCCCCAUUUAGGGAGGCAAUGCGCAAGCGUCGAGUUGAAGAUAUGGCACUUUCCCGACUGGACAAUGGUGUGCAGCUAGAACCUCCAAAGCCACAUCUUUGUGCGUUGUCUGUGCCGGAACAAGAAUAGAAGACAUACAACACCUCAGAGUCUGCCUGCUGUGUGAAUACGCGCAUGGCUUAUGGGAAUGGUGGAGAUCCGGUGCAGUGCCUAUCCCUGGAGCGAUGACACGAUGGACAGAUGACUCUGUGUUGCUAGGGGUCGCGGCCAGGCGUGAAAAGCUGGACACUGCUGUCGCAUAAUAUUCGGAAGAGUCCCUGCGUGGGGCGAUGCUGUGGACUCUAUGGAACCUCAACAAUUCUGCAAAGUACAGAGGGGAGAGACUUACGGUCACUUACCCACCCAAUGGUGUGCGCAGAAGUGAAAUAUGCUAUAACGUCGAUGCUUUCCACAGA